GAAAAGACAGGAGCGUCCCCACCCAAAGCAAAGGCACUUGCUCAAUUAAAACUAGAAUACUAGGGAACGAAAACGCUACUGGCGCCUCUCGUGAUCAAAGCAGCUCUGGUGAGGAAAGGGUUAAGAACGCAGAGCUUCUUCGUUAGCAGAUGUUUUGUCCCCCUUCCCCAUCCCCAUCCCAGCUAAAUGGCUUUCUUACGAAGUGAUAGCAUCCAGCAGAGCACGUCGUGAUCCUUCCUCUGCGUCAGACCUGUGCAAACAGAUGACACUACAACAAGCACUGGGCUAGACUAUUUAAGGAGCAGCGUUUCAGCCUGUUAGAACUUAUCUAACCUGAACACUAGUCUCUCUGAGUUGAACUAGGAAAAAGUAUCUUACUUAAAGGUAGGAGAUGAUGGCUAUGUACAGUGGUAUCUGCAUCUACAUGUUCCUUGCUAUGCUGUCAACAAGCUCUUUUGGACAGCAGGCUAUAGGCUCACACAAUGAGAAUCCUGUGGCCACUGAGCUUGAGCAGAGCUUGACAAAACAUCACCGACAUGUUCGUGUCCCUUCAUCAGCUGGCCAGCUGAAACCUAUCCAGCGGGUGGAUGGAAAUGUUGACCAAAAAGCCAACAUAGGAGCUUUGUUGGCCAAAUAUCUCCAGCAAGCCAGAAAAGGUCCUACUGGAAGGAUCUCAAUUAUGGGAAAUAGGGUACAGAACAUUGACCCGUCACACAGGAUAAAUGACAGAGAUUACAUGGGCUGGAUGGAUUUUGGACGCCGCAGUGCUGAAGAAUAUGAGUACUCCUCUUAAAGAACAUCAAACUAUCUCAAAAAGAAGAAUCCUAUUCCCUUUUCUGUACAGAAGGAAAAAAUUAAUUUGUUGUCCUCUACGAAUCAAUGUUUAAAAAAAUAUAUUAAGUCCUUGAUGUAAAUUUGUCUGUAAAACUAUACAAUGCAAUAUAUACAUAUGCAGAAUUUUCCAAAAAAAUGUUCUCUCUCUCCUAUGGUUUCUUAUCAUACACUGUUGAUAUUAUAUUAAAAUUAUUUCAUUUA